GGGCGGCUAAGAUCAAAAUUAUAGUCGAACAGAUUCACAGCGAACAUAACAAUGUAUACCUCACAUAUUUGUCUUUUCUAAAGCCCAGGGAGUGGAGUUUUAAAGCAUUGGAGUGCUGGCCGGACACAAAGGUUUAGGACUUGUUACAACAUGGACGACAACUGCUAUGCUAAGAUGGCGACACGAAGAGAAGACGGAAAAGAGUCAUCGCCACCAACUACCAGCAACUCAUCAACGGACAAAAAGAGGAACAUUGCAGAUAAAGACGUCCAGCGGCUGAUUGGUCAUCAAGAAGAAGAAGAACAUUCCACUCAGCCGCAAGGGAUCUCCACUUUGAAGGAGGAUAAUAUCCAUUCCCUCCAUGUUAAGGAGGAAGAGGAAGAAUUGCGGAUUACUCAGGAUGAGUGUCGUCAAGGGCCGACGGAGGCGGAUCCCACCAAGUUGCCGCUGACCGUUGUCUCUGUGAAGACUGAAGACCAUGAAGAUAAACCACAAGACCAGCAGCUGAUUGGUCAUCAAGACGAACAUUGCUCUCAGCCGCAAGAGAUCUCCACUUUAAAACAGGAGAAUCUGCAUUUCUUCCACGUUAAAAAGGAAGAGGAGGAACUCUGCAUCACUCCAGAGAGAGAAUUUCUUCCCGAGCCCGAGCAAGCUGAUCCCACCAAGUUGCCACUGACUGUUGUCUCUGUGAAGACUGAAGACCCCGGAGACGAACUACAAGCAGACAACCUCUUAGCUCCACUAUCAAAUAGUGAGGCUGAAGACUCGGUUAAAGAACCUUCAAGCAGCGAUACAGACUGUGAAGGUGAUAUGAGGACUCACACUGACAACAAACACUCGAAAAGCUCGAAAAUGAAGACAGACAUCCAGCAGCUGACGGGUCAUCAAAAAGAGCCGCAAGAAAUCUCCACUUCAAAGCAAGAAAAUAUCCAUUCCGUCAACUUUAAAGAGGAAGAACUCUGGGUCACUCGGGGUCAGUGUCUUCUAGGGCCCAAGGAGGCUGAUCCCACCAUGUUGCCACUGACUGUUGUCUCUGUGAAGACUGAAGACUAUGAAGACAAAACCCAAGACCAACAGCUGACUGGUCAUCUAGAAGAAUAUUGCCCUCAGGUAGAAAGGAUCUUCACUUUAAAGCAUGAGAAUCCGCAUUCCCUCCACUUUAAAAAGGAAGAGGAGGAAUUCCGGAUCACUCAGGACUCGGAGAGAAAAUGUCUUCGAGGGCCGGAAGAGGCUGAUCCCACCGAGUUGCCACUGACUGUGAAAUCUGAAGACAAACCUCAAGCUGAUAACCUCUUAGCUCCACUAUCAGAUAGUGAGGCUGAAGACUUGGUUGAAGAACCUUUAGGCGGCGAUACAGACUAUGAAGGAGCCUUGUGGUGGAACUGGCUACAAAGCCUCUACAGCCCACCUCCACUGGCCACACCUUCACGUUCCAGCCCCGUGCCUCUACUCCAGCUGCCAAGUUCGAAUGCUUCAUCGAUGGCGUCCUCCCAUGGGACCGUUAGCUCAACGAUGAAGACACGGCGGCAGGACAUGGACCAGAGGACCAGGUCUGGGCGCAGGCUUGUUGCUGCAAUUUCGGGUGGGGAAGAUAAGCCUCUGGCUGAGGUCUACCCGCAUUUCCCAAUCUCGGGCUGCGUUCAGUGGGCCUAA